AGCUUGCUUCUUCCUGCAUUGUAUGUGGCGCUGCUUCCUUAUCAGAGGGGCGAGGUGGGGGGAGGCGCGCCCGGCAAACAGGUUCUUCUAUAGCACAUCGAAAGCUAGGACCGGCUGAGCAUGAAUGAAACAAGAGGGAGCCACGCCUGCAGAUCAGCUAACCAGGAAGUAUCCAAGCAGCAAGGAAACAUCAACCAAUGCUGCGCUGAGGCAGUGCACUGAGAGAGCCCUCGAUGAUCUCCAGGCGCGGUUUUCUGUUGAGUGAAGAGUUGGCCAUUCAAAGUGACUGAAAAUAUCAAAGAGGAGACCAAAAAGGAGAUCUGCUUAGUGUGACAUCUCUUCAGAACCGUUCCACAAAGUGCAAUUACACGACAUUCUGAGCAUCUUUGAUAAAAAGCCUGACCCUAGGACAAUCCUUUUCCAAAUAUAGCAUUUUGUCACCUAAAAUCCAGAUCCUGGCAGUGAAGUAAAUGGCUCAACUUCCCCCUGGAGUUCGCUUCAUCGUUUUAUUUACAAGAGAUCAGUGGUGCAGGGCCUUCAUUUUUGUUCUUACCUUUUUGUUAUAUGCUAGUUUCCACUUGUCAAGGAAACCUAUUAGUAUAGUUAAGGGAGAACUACAUAAGCACUGUGCUUCUCCAAGUGAAGUUGAACUCAACUCCUACAAAGAAUAUGCCAUCCAGAUUCAGCCUGUUAAAAAGUUAUCUAAUGAGUCUCAGUGUGGUUGGGAGCCAUUUGACAAGAACAAUUACAAACAAUUACUGGGAGCCCUGGAUUACUCAUUUCUGUGUGCUUAUGCAGUUGGAAUGUAUUUGAGUGGUAUAAUAGGAGAGCGACUGCCUAUCCGGUAUUAUCUAACAGCUGGAAUGCUUGCCAGUGGACUCUUCACUGCAAUGUUUGGGUUGGGCUAUUUCUAUAAUAUACAUAACCUGUGGUUCUACAUGAUAGCUCAGAUAGCUAAUGGAUUGGUGCAAACCACUGGUUGGCCCAGUGUUGUUACCUGCAUUGGCAACUGGUUUGGAAAAGGAAGGAGAGGUUUGAUCAUGGGAAUCUGGAAUUCUCACACUUCCGUAGGGAAUAUCUUAGGAUCCUUAAUUGCUGGUUACUGGGUAUCUACCUGCUGGGGUCUGUCUUUUGUGGUUCCUGGUGUUGUUAUUGCUUGCCUGGGGAUCGUUUGUUUUCUGUUUCUCAUUGAACACCCUAAAGAUUUAAGUUACUCUUGCAAACCAUCCAGUAGCUCAAAGUCCUACAUGAAUGGUACAAAUAAAUUCAGAGUCCAUAAGCCAACCUUAAAUCUUAAAGAAACCAACAAUCUUCAGGAUCCAGCGAUGCAGUGUUUGCUUCCUGACAGAGAGAACUUCACAGUGCCACUGAACCAUAACAUGGCAGUCAAUGGGGAAGGUGGAACUAGAAUGUCAGCUAUAAGCUUCAUAGGUGCUUUGCGAAUACCUGGAGUCAUAGAAUUCUCUCUCUGUUUGUUGUUUGCUAAACUAGUCAGUUACACUUUCCUUUUCUGGCUUCCGCUCUAUAUCACAAACGUAGAGCAUCUUGAUGCGAAAAGAGCUGGGGAUCUUUCUACAUUGUUCGAUGUGGGUGGAAUCUUUGGUGGCAUUUUGGCAGGCAUGAUAUCAGAUAGAUUGGAAAAAAGGGCUUCAACCUGUGGAAUGAUGUUACUACUAGCAGCACCUGCCCUAUACAUGUUCUCUGCAAUCAGUAAAAUGGGCCUAGAAGCUACCAUAGUUAUGCUGCUUAUCAGUGGAGCCCUGGUGAACGGUCCUUAUGCACUGAUCACAACUGCGGUCUCAGCCGACUUGGGUACCCAUAAAAGUCUGAAAGGAAAUGCAAGAGCCCUGUCCACAGUUACGGCUAUCAUCGAUGGAACAGGUUCUGUAGGUGCUGCUCUCGGGCCUCUGUUAGCUGGUCUCAUCUCUCCCUCUGGUUGGAACAAUGUAUUUUACAUGCUAAUGGUGGCAGAUGCAUGUGCCUUAUUAUUCUUACUCCGUCUUAUACGAAAAGAACUCCAGUGUAAGAUGGACCAGACCUUGUUUAAGGAACACUGACUUAUGAUAUUUCAGACAUGGAAUUAAGGUCUUCAUGUGUGAUCAAAACUACGCCCUCAAAAGACUGUGGAAUAAAUUAUUCUGUAUUUGUGAUUUGUCUUGUGGAGCGUUUUGCACAUUUACCAGGACAGGAUUGAGAAAUUCAGCUGGUGAAUUCCUGGUGAAGUUUUUUUGUUUUUGUUUUGUUUCCUGUUUGCACAUACAUCAGUCUCUCAGGAUGGUGACUGUUUAUCACAUGAAGAGACAGAAGCUUUGGGAAGCUGUAUGCCUUAACUGAGCCAAAAAAGAAAUACCAAGUGCCUUUUGAUUCAUGUUGAUAGGAUAUUUUAAGUAAACCUUAAACUGCUUAUUUUUAACAAACUGCAAGGAGAUUUGAGAAUAGAGCACAAAGAAGAAAAUGAACUCUCUUCGGAUGCUUCAGCAGUGGAAUGUGCCAAUGGUAUUAGCAAAGCAUUUGUGAGCGAAGUGUCCUUUUAAGAACAUAAGAACGGCCAUACUGGGUCAGACUAAAGGUCCAUCUAGCCCAGUAUCCUGUCUUCCGACAGUGGCCAAUGCCAGGUGCCCCAGAGAGAAUGAAUAGAACAGGUAAUCAUCAAAUGAUCCGUCCCCUGUCACCCAUUUAUGCCACCUCUUAAAAGAUAAGGUCAUCACACUAUGUGAAAGUACCAGCUGUCUCAGAUUCACUGCUAUUCAAUAUCCUGAAGCAGUUUAAACAGUAAGAAAGUAGUCCGACCAUAUUAUCAGACUUUCACUACAGCACUAACUUAUCCUACACUGUAAAAUCCCCAGGGCAGCAUUCCGCUCUUUUAUGUAUAAUAUAUUGGAACUUGUACAUAAGUAGUUACAAUGUGCUGUAAAAAAGUAGCCUCCACUAGCCACCUGGAUGGGGAGUUUUGCUCAUUUGGGGUUGUCAGAAAAGGAGACUCAAACAACAAAGAGGCUUAUUAUGAUGGCGCAUUUCCUGUCAGGAGUUCUAAUGAUUUGUAGGGCAUUAUACACGGGUUGUACAAACUUUAGAGAAUUGUUUUAUUGUUAAUUCUGUAGGCUCCUUUGGAGUUGCAGGUUAUUUUUAAUUUGGAGGGCAAAGGCAUUGUCUCACCUGUGACUGAAGCUUUAGCACUAGCUGCCUUUUUUUUUUUAAAUGGGUGAACAAAAAAUUGGCUGGUUUAAACCCUGAUCCUGAAAUGGUGUUGAGUUCAAGCACCCAUUGACUUCAAUGGGGCUGGAUGCAGUGCAGGGAGUCUGUCCACUCAGAGCUCACUGCAGGAUCAGGACCUUAAUCAUAGCACCAAAAAUCUGUCAAAAAACUAAUGUUGCAGUCCAAGUUUAGAGUCAAAGUAUAUGGUUUAAAAAAAAAAACCUGACCCACAUACUGGACAUAAAGUCGAGAGAGGAAAUUCAGAGGUUUAUAUUAUCCUGUAAGUGCAAGUGUUAGUGUUUUCAUAAUACACUGUUUCUUCUUGAUCUGACAGUUUUUAAUCUCCUUCCAAUAGAAGACAAGCUUCUGGUGAAUAUUUGUAAGAUGUACAAUAAUAUUAAAGGGAAUUUCUAUAAAAGAGAUGUUUAUUAUGUUGACUAUAAAGGUUAAAUAGACUUAAGCUGUAUAUUGUUAUAAUGUGUAUUUAUUAAACCUCUGCAGAACUGUUCUUCUGAAUUUUUUGCUUUUUUAACUUUUUUACAAAACACUGUGGUACUGUACAUACCUCACUUGCUUAACAAAAUAACCUUUUUUUAAAAUAACCCUUCAGAACAUACAAAGAAAUUUCUUCUUUCUCAUCAACUUCUUGUUUGCAUUUUUGGUUCUGGCACAAUGCUUAAUCUUUUUGAGUUGUUUUGGGUGAUGGUGUUUUUUGUUUUUGUUUUAAAUCCUUUAACCUUUGAGCAGUUGUUCUUGAACUCAUGCUUUUCUCAUGUUUUUUUGCAUUUUUGGCCCUGAUUCAGCAAAGCGCUUAGGCACGUGCUUAAAUGCCAUUGACUUGAACAAGACUUCACAAAUGCUUAAAGCUAAGCACUUGCCUAUGCACUUUGUUGCAAAUAAAGGUCCCUACUCAGCAAAGAAUCGGCCUCAAUCCAAUAGAUUUAUGCAUGUGCCAAAGUCCAUGUGUGAUCCAUGCCAGACAACGGUCUAUGUCCUGCAAAGAUUUACGUAAAUGCUUAACGUCACACAUUGUGAACAGAUUCAUUAAAAUCAAUAGGACCGCACACACUGCAUAAAGAUAAGCACAUGCCUAAGUCUUUGCAGGAUUCAGGCCAUAGUUGUCAAAACCGUUUUACUCUUAAACUCCACCAUUUGCAAGUAGUUGUUUUUAAAGCUUUGUCACUCCAGCUAAAGUCUUAUGUUAAAGUGCUUCUAACUGUAUUAGUUGAUAACAGAAUUAUACCGUUAAGAUGUUUAGUGUAUUCCAAUUUUAAGUGUUUCCUUCUUAGGAGCUGACAUUAUUCAUUUCAUUUUUUAUUUUUUUGCAAUAUAAGAGCCCACAUGUGAGGCAGUGAAGGUGUCCCAGGCAGGACUAAGAGCCCUCCCUCCCACUGACUGCACUGGUGAAUUAGAGCUCUCAGCUACUCACAUUGUGUCCUUUAUGGUUCGGAAGUUUAGAUUCUUUUGAAUUUACACAAUCCUUGCAGUUCACUUAACUCAUGUGGGAUUUUCUUCAGUGUUGUGAUAUUCUCUUUACCACUUUAUUUGGGGUUGAGUGGGAGAAUCCACAUCUGUAAAUAAAAAAAAAAACACUAAAAUGUUAGCCAGCAAAUUAAAUGUCAAGAUAUGUUGAGGAAUAACAAACCUAGUGAAGCAUUAAUGAUAUUUUCUAAGGUGCUAGGAAAUUGAUUAAUUUCUGUGCCAGGAAAAAAAUUUGUCGUCAUAUGGAAUUCCCUGUUCAUUAAGGCCAAAGAGUUUUGUCUGUAACAGGAAUUCUGCCUGACUAAGAACAGCAGGAUCAGGCUUAAAAUUUCCAAAGGGCCCUCAGCCUAACCUCUAAAUGUGUUCACAGUUUGCAUGUGUAAUCAUUUUCCGGUGCAGAUAAUUAAAUUUGAAGGCCUAACUCCCAUACCUAAUUUGCCCAUGGAGAAGGAAUUUGGUCACUUCUCUUUUAUAAUCAUCCCUAAAAUUCCUUGCAUUCUGACCAAACAGUGCAUUUUGUUAGCUUCUGGUGUCAAUACUCAUUCACCUGGGGGUGAACAAAUCUGGUGACAAAUGUGUACAGGAAUGUAGAAGUGUGGUAGUCAAAGUAGGCUUAAUAUCUGAAUGUGAAGUGUUUCCAUUUUAAAUACUGAUUAUUUGCAGAUUAAAAUAUUUUUUCAUAGCAUAUAUUGAAUAAAGAUGGAUUCUGUAUUUAAGUUUAAAAUGUGGAUUGCUUUUUUCCUCUUUUAUAUCUUAAUAAGGAAAUUGUCCAUUUCCUGCCUGUGAGAGUAGCCCCUUUCUUGCGGAAGUAGUGGAGAUAAUUUAUUAAGGAAAACAAACUAGAAUCUUUCUUUCAGACACAGUGGCUUUCUUACCUGAAAGUAGAAUUAGACACCUUGGAGCAGGAUGCAAUGACCAAUGUGACCAUUAGAGAGAC